CCCGGCCCCGCGGCCCGCCCACCGCCUGCCCGGCCCGCGCCUUCCCGGGGCCGCGGGGGGCCGCGCCGCCUUCCCGGCCGCCUAUAUAGGUGCGGCGGCGGCGGUGGUGGGGUGGUUGGGCGUUGCGGUCUGAGCUCUGGGUUUGCUGUAGAAGUGGCAGAGCAGUCGUUAACGUGGCAUGUCCACAAGCGGUUUGUGAUAGGAUCGUGUUAUCACAAAGAAGACACAGGAGUAGCCGGGGAGCCAAGACAAGAAGUUAUUCCUACUGGUUGGCCUUGGACAUCUGAUGGAGAUGCUGCUUCUGUAAUCACUAGAAAGGAGGAAAAUAUCUUGACACCUUCCAGGAAACUGGGGACUUUUCACUCUGCAGUAAUCAAUAAACAAGUGUGAAGCAUGAGGAUCAACUCUGCUCUUCAGGCUGCUAUUGACCUCACAGCAGGAGCUGCAGGUGGGACAGCCUGCGUGGUGACUGGCCAGCCCUUCGACACAGCAAAGGUGAAGAUGCAGACGUUCCCUGACAUGUACAAGGGAAUCGUUGACUGUUUUGUGAAUACCUACAAACAAGUGGGAUUUCGAGGCUUCUACAAGGGGACCACACCUGCUCUGGUAGCCAACAUUGCGGAGAACUCCGUUCUUUUCAUGUGCUAUGGGUUUUGCCAACAAAUUGUGAGAAGAAUUGUUGGAGUAGACAGGAAAACAAAGCUCAGUGACCUGCAGAACGCUGCCGCGGGCUCCUUCGCCUCUGCCUUUGCCACGCUCGUCCUGUGCCCCACGGAGCUGGUGAAGUGCCGGCUGCAGGCCAUGCACGAAAUGCAGUUGUCGGGAAAGAUAAUGCAGGGACAGAACACAGUUUGGUCAGUAGUGAAGAGCGUCAUCCAGAAGGACGGUCCCCUCGGGUUUUACCGUGGCCUGUCGAGCACUUUGCUGCGGGAAGUCCCCGGCUAUUUCUUCUUCUUCGGAGGGUAUGAACUGAGCCGGACGUUCUUUGCCUCUGGGAGAUCGAAAGACGAAUUGGGUCCCAUUCCUUUGCUGCUCAGUGGAGGUUUUGGAGGCAGCUGCCUGUGGAUCGCUGUGUAUCCUGUGGACUGUGUCAAAUCUAGAAUUCAGGUUCUUUCAAUGGCUGGAAAGCAGACGGGCUUCAUGGGAACAUUUGUAACUGUUGUGAGAACUGAAGGUGUACUUGCCUUGUAUUCUGGACUAAAGCCAACUAUGAUCCGUGCAUUCCUGGCCAAUGGGGCACUGUUCCUUGCCUAUGAGUACAGCCGGAAACUUAUGAUGAAACAGAUAGAUUCUUACUGAUACCUUCUGGCAAACAGAACAACCCUUUGAAGAAGUGAUCAAAGCCUGUAGAACUUAUCAUGAUCCGAGAGCAGUACCAGAUCACUGACGUGAUCUGUCACAUGAUUUUAGGAACUCAAUUCCAGUUUAGGAUUUGUAAUCUUUUAAAUUCAGAUUAUUUUUUAUGGAGAGGUGUACAUGCUUCUUGAAUCAGACUGGCAGGACUGUCUCCAUCUUGCAGUUUCUGCACUGGGUACACUGCACAUCAUAAAUGUCUUUUCCUGCCUGCAAUGGUGCUAAAAAGACACAUUGGAUUUAAUGUUACGGGCAGCACAGGCUGUGAUUUAAGGCAAAGCACUGCUUCAAAGCCUCUGCUGUAGCUGCUAUAUUUCCCAUCUCUUGCUGGCAAUAUCUGAUUUUAAGUAAUUCCAUUCUUCUCUAAUCUUACUCAGUAUGGCUUAUACUUACUGAGUAGGGCUGUCAUUUUCCAACUCUCUUCUUCCUGUGACUCUCCAGGAUCACUGCAGCUGGUUCAUGACUUGCAUACUCUGGCACACCCAUGGCCUUAUAGAAGCAGGAAGCAUUUACCCCCUACUUUUUCUUUUCUAUGGGCUAUAGCUGAGAUACAGUUGCAUUUGAGAUAAAAUAUGAAGUUACUGGGUAUAAGGAGUCAAUGCAGCAUUUGUAACAAUUUUUCACUACAGGAGGUGCUGAAUUAUGCUAAAUAUCACUGAAUUAUAUUAAUAGAAGAGGGCUGCUGGAAACAGCAGCUGGUUCAAGGCAGAGAGAUGGAACGUGCAAGCUCAGGGUUAAGUCACCUUGAUGGAGAUGAGUCUGUGUGCUCAAAGGAUGGGAAGCUGAAGAGGAACAGAAAGCCAGAGCCAAGUUCUUGAAGACAGCUGACAGCAUGGGCUUCAACUUACUUCAGCUGGAGCCCUGCCUUAUGUGCCACUUGCUGCAGCUCUUCAGCUGAGUGGAAAAUACUCGAAGUCAUGGGCCAUUCACAUCACCCUCAGGCCUGGAGGGCACAUCUGCUUUCUCUUGACAUUCGCUUAAAUAUGCAAUUUGAGGCCAGUUAGUGUUACCCAAAAUGAAAUAAUAGCACCUACUUCUCUAGACACUCCCUUCAUUUCUCUAAGCAGCAGCCUACUGCCAAUCCUGAAAGAAGACAAAGCAAGUCUCAGCACAAGGCAGUUCAUAAACCAAGCCUGGAGUUGUAGGGAGAGAUAUUGCCUCCAUGGUGGUAUAACACACCCACCCUUUGGCACAGGCAAGCUCCCCUCUUGGCUAGCUGCACUUUGACCCAUCACACAGAAAUGAGCAACCUGUCACAGCAACUGCAGCUUGCCCAUAAGUGACAGCUCACUUCCAUGCUGUGGCCUGUUUCAUACCCCCCAAAAAGAGGAAAAAAGCUGUAGACACAGAGGAAAACGUCUCACUGCUUCUUGUGAUGGAGCCAGAGUAUACCUGAAUGGGCUACUGGCCUCUGCUGGAAGGCUGUUACUGCAGGUCCACAGGUCCUUUGUGCUUCACCAGCCUCCAGGUGCUGCUCAAACUUCCCCCACACCCACGAAAGCCCACGAAAGGGGCAGUUACAAACUGUGUGUGGCUGAAGAGGCUCUUGCACCCCUUUACCUCAACUCACCGGUACAUGUAGCAGUAACACUGCACAAAGGCCAUUCUUUAAAAAGGAGCUUAUGGCAAAGGUUUAAAUAAUUCAGGUACAAGGGCAGGAUUUCAGGAGUGCUAAGCUUUCUCCUUCUCAAAGUUGUUUACCCAAGGGAAACAUCAUCUUUGUAUGGGGUUGUAAUAAUCAUGAGAAGCUGAUAACAGAAUCCAUGCCAGUGGAAUACUGAAAUCUAUUUCUUAGAUUUGUCUUUGCUUUCAUUUUAUAAAGCUCAGUUGCAAUGUUUAAUUAAAGCAAUAGGGGCUUCAAGAGAAGCAAGAGUUUCAGAGCUACUGGCAGCAAGAAGCUGGUGGCAGGAACAGAUGUGCAUUUUGAGGGUUUACCUUUCGAAGUUGAACCAAGCAGCAACUUUACAGCUGCAGUUCAGCUGUCCACAGGUAUUGGUUGUUCAGCUGAGAACUUCGUAAUGUUGUUACAGGAAUUCAUGGCAAUAAAGUUUGAUUCAACUGA